AUGACACUGGCGACGGGAUUGACCUACUUGUUGCUGGAAGCUGAAAUUGGAUCUGGCCCGGAUCUUGAUCUGCGCCUGCGCCUACUGCGUCUCUGCGUCCGCGUCCGCAUUUCCUUUCGCGAACUUGACUUGGGACCUUUGCCGCCCCUCAUUGAACACUGUAGCAACAUUCAAAGGUCUCUACGCACGAAGAUCACGACAUCUCAACCGCUCCGUUGCAUCUCGCGCACCUCUGACAGUCUCUCAUCUCGUCGCCGUCCCUGCCUUGUCGACUGCGCCGCCAUCUGCCCGACUUCUUCCUCAACGUUUCCCUCUGCAAGUGCACCGACCGACCCGUCUGUUACCCGUGCCUUUCCGUCAUCAUCAUUGUCGGACCCAUCCACGCCAUAG